AUGACUGAAUUGUUUGUCACCAAAGCUGUGGUAAAAUUGCCAAAGAAGACCAAUGCCAACAGGCUGAGUCAUCAUUUCAUGGUGGAUACAUCCUCAGACUACAGCACCAUGGCAACACAUGCCACCACAGCUACCAAACCGCAUCGGCAAGCGUCUCCCCUAUCGGAAGAGUACUACAGCAGCUUUUUGGUGACUGAAAAGCUGUACAUUGAUGGGCUACCAAACUCUGUUAUUGAGACUGAAAUUAUGGAUCUUGUCAAAUCAUGCUGCCCUGAAAGAAUCUAUCUGAACCGUGGCCGUGAGUUUGCAUCUGGCUACAUUCAGUUCAAGAGCAAAGAAAUGGCUGAUCGUGCUUAUACGCUGCUGAAUGGUGUCACUUUCCGGGCUGGUCUGCGAUUGCAGCUCAAGAUAAACCCUCCGUCUAGUGAUUACCCAGAACCUGAAGCACAUGCAGGUAUUCUACACAUUAAAAACUUGCCAGGUCAUACAAACAACAACCUGCUCUAUGAGCUGUUCCGUCCGUUUGGACCUAUGAUUUUAUGCAAGAUCCUGGUGGAACAAGCUUCGACAUUUAAGGGGACUGCCCUGGUACAAUACUUCAAUCCACAAGAUGCACAAGACGCAGAAAGCAUGAUGAAUAACAAGAGUGUGCAAGGCAACACCAUCUCGGUAUUCCCUAUCAUUCCCAACAGCAGCAGCAAACCAGCAAGGUCAUCAGUGCAUUCUAUCGAAACAAAGGACAUUACUUUGGAUACUGCCAACACCGCUCACAUCGCCACACCCCCAUCACCGCUGCCACCGACACCUGCGCCCAUGAACAACACAGCGUCGUCGCCCACAUCUGUGAUUCGCAGCGACGGGUCCAGCAUGGUCGAUUACACCAAUCUUUAUAUCAAGAAUCUAGAUUUGAAUGUGAAAAGCGUUGAUUUGUUCAACAACUUUCGAAGAUUUGGCCGUAUCAUCUCGGCCCGUGUCAUGAAGAAUGCACAAACAAAACAAUCAAAGGGAUUCGGGUUUGUCAGUUUCAGUAAAGCAGAUGAAGCUCAAAAGGCAAAGCAUGAAAUGAAUGGUGAAUUCAUCCUGUCAAAGCCUGUCAUUGUUGCCUUUCAUGAGCCCAAGAAAGCCCGUGAAGCAGACGUCAGUGUGUCACCUACUCAGUCUACUUUUAACGGUGCCUCACGUCAACAGAUGGUUGCUACUUCUGUAUCACCCCAUUUGGUGCAACAUCAACAGCAACAACAGCAGUACAACAGACUAAGCCCUCUCCCUCCUCCUACUCCAUCCUUCACAUCAUCCCCUGCGCACCAGAAUGCGUAUGAACAGCAGCAACAGCAAAAGCAGCAGAGCAACGGUAGCGGGUAUUAUACGAACGGCAACAGAGUCAACAACAAGAAUAAUACAAGAACCCGUAAUAGUAUCGAUCAACGAUACGGUAAUCUGACGAUGCCGCAACAGAAAUACAGCACUAAUGGCAAUAGUUAUCAACAAACCUAUACGCCUUCGCAGCCACCUCCACCAGCACCACCCUCUUCAGAUGGCCUAAAGGCAAGCCACCAGCCAAUGGAAAGAAACAAUAGCAACUUGAGUCAUCAUCAACACCAUCAGAGCAGCAUGGGUGCAUCUAAUCAGUAUGAUCCGAGGCAGCACCAGCAACAAACAAACCAGUACCAAGGAUCGAGCAAAAAGGUAUAUGAACCCUAUCAAGGGCAACAGCAUACCUACAACACGCCUAUCAAACGAAUUCCGUCAGCUACUGAUAGUGUGCAACAGCCUCCAUCACUGUCCACAUUGGCAUCGGGUGCAUUCAUCAACACACCUCAACAUACCAAUGCCACUACACUCACUUCAGCUUCAACAAACAAUGCAUAUCAGCACCCAAACUACUACCAGCAACAGCAUAUAUCUCCACCUCCACCUCAAUAUCACAAUGCAAAUAACUACUGGUCCCAUUCACCUCACGCUCAAAAGCAGCAGCAGCAAGAGAGACCUAGUUUUCGUCGACGAGGCUCUGUGGAGUCUAUGGCUAGUGUCAUGACUGAAACAAGCUCUCAAACACGAAGACAAACCAUCACAAAAGCUGUGCUAGCUGUUGAAAAGAGCAACGACAGCAACUUGAACGACAUUGUAGACAUGUUAUUAACACUGAGGAAGAAGGAUCUUGCCACUUGUUUGUUCAAUAAAGUCUUUUUGAAGGCCAAGAUCAAGCAAGCCAAAGAUGCUUUAGAGAUCUUUGUUGAGGAGCAGCAACAGCAACAGCAACCAAUGCAUCAGAACCUCGUUUUCCAUGAGCCAACUGUUCAUAUGUCUUCGCCUCCACCUGUCUCGACGAUGGUGACCAACUACUAUUAUCAGCCCAAAGAAGAGCCAGCGCCAAGUUACAUUCAACAUGUUGCUCUUCCUCCUAAAGGUUCUCGAGCUAUUCCAAUUGUUGCACCUCCACCUGCGCCUACAACAGCGUCUUCGCCUGCUGCUGCUGCUGCUGCUACUGCUGCUGCUGCUGCCAGCCCAUCAAAGACUGGAAUGGCUCACAGUGCAAAAACGGCAAGCGCAACAAAUGGAGCAAGCGCUGCUGCUCCACCAUCAGCGUCAAACAACAAACCCAGUACAUCUACCAAUCCCAAAGUCCUGGAUUCAAAUACAAUGAAUGCUCAGGAAUUAAGUGAAGAGAUUAGCAAAUUUCUAAAAACGUUGGAUGGCUUGCCACUCCAUGAAAAGAAGCAAUCGUUGGGCGACCGAUUGUUUCCGUUGGUCAAGUCAACGGGUGUCAAGCAAGCACCCAAAAUUACAAUUCGUUUGCUCGACAGUGUACCGCUGGACGAACUCGCUUAUACCAUGUAUGAUAAGGACAAGUUGAAACAGCAAGUGUCUCAAAUUUCUGCAACCAUCUCUACAAAAUAUUAA